GAGGAGGAAGGGGGUAAACAGGGAAGCCAGCGGAGAGAAACCAGCUCUGCCUCCGAAGCUGCAGCGGCUCUGCCCGGGUGGUGAAGCCGUCCUGCGGGCCACCGGGCCGGGCUGAGGCGUCCGAGCGGGACCCGGUGGGAGACCCGGCGGCGGGGGGAAAGUUGACGGCGCUUCUUCUCAACUUGUCCCGAGUUUGGUGCAGCUCGCGGCGGCUGGUGGUAACGAGACACACCGGUUGAGGGAGAACGGGAAUUAACGAGCAGCGGCAGCGCGUCCAGAGCGGAUCGUUCCGCUGGGAAUUGAAGAUUCUUCCUCUGGGAAUAAAAGAGUAUUCCUCUGGGAAUUUAAACUCCGUCUGCGGGGAAUAAAAGACGAGGCACGCGCAGAAAUGGCCGAGGCGCGGACCGAGGAAGAAGAGGAAAACAUGAGGAGGGAGAGCCGGGAACAAGUGGUCCGACGGCAGCCCUGCACCUCCGGAGGUCGGCCCGACAGGCGUAAACCGGAACAUCGCCACAGCCAGGGCCCUCUGUCGUCCAUCAGGGCUGUCAUCAAGAGGACCUCCACCAGGACCACCUCCCUCUCCGAGACCUCCAGAGAGCGGGAGCGGGACCGAGACCGGGACCGGGAGCGAGACAGGAGGCGUCCGGAGAUCACCAUCCUGUCAGCGGAGCCGCUGGCCUCCGCCCCCUGGUUCCCCGGCGCCUCCGGAGGUUUCCCGCCGCCCCCUCCUCCUGCUGCACAGAUCUGGGGAUCCACGAUCCCCCCCGCCAUUCAGCCGCCUCCUUCCUAUGAGGAGGUGAUCAGGGAGAAGACUCAGGAGCAGGUCGUCCUCCCGUCUUCCUCGUCCUCCUCCUCAUUGUCUUCACUUCCCAUCUCGACAACAACCAUCGCCACGCAGACGGACACCGGAGCGGCGCCCGGACCGCCGGAGUCUCCAGGUGACGUUCGCCGACCCGUCAGACCGCCGCGGCCGCCUCUCCCCUCCCCUCCCAGGUCGUCCCUCGUGGACGACGUCGCCCCCAGCCAGUCGACGCUGCCCCUUCGCCCCGAGCCCGCCUCCGCGUUCGCGCCGUGCUGCGACCUCCUCGGCGACCUCUGCUCACCGUCGACCUCCGCCGACGUGGUGCCGUGUCCGCCGGCCGCUCCGGUUCUGCAAGAGCGCCCCAGGCCCCGCCCCCGCUCUAAGAUCGGCGUGCGGCCGAUCGGGAGCGAGGUCAAAGUUCAGACUCUGGUGAAGCUGCGAGAAGACGGCUUGGCCACUUUGGCCGCCGCCCAGGCCGCCCGCUCGGGAAGCGACGCCGCCGGCAGAGACUCGAGUCAGGGGACGUACCUCCAGGAGCUGCUGGACGCCUUCGGCGGGGACGACUGGGGCUUCCCCGACCGCCGCAGCGACAGCAGCGACCUCAGCCAAUCAGAAAGCGAGGAGGAGGAGGAGGAGGAAGACAUGGCGACUCUGAGAGCGAGGAUUCAAGCCUUCGAGCAGCAGGUGGCUGAUGGGAGCUCUGGGGUCACGGAAGGUCCGCCGAACCCUUCAGCCAAACCCGAACCUCGACCACGCCCCCGUCUCCAGGGGCAACCUUCCAAACCCGCCCCGCCCGUCGUCGCACCCAAACCCAAGAACUUCUCGUCUGGUCCCAAACCGUCCAGCAAGGUAUUCUGGGAAGACGCGGCGGCAACAGGAAGUCCUGUGGACCAUGCAGAACCCGACUCUGCAGGAGUCCCGCUGAAGACUGAGACCCCUCCAGCCUCAGAGCCCCCGCCCUGCCGGUCCUCCGCGAAGCCCCCGGUGACCCCCAAACCACAAACCACCCCGGAGGCGCCCGUCCCUGCACCCAGACCCCCGCCGCCCAAACUCGCCACACCCGUGAGCGACGGCCACCCCCCCUCCAACCCCCGGCCCCCUCCCAGACCGUCCGUCACCCCCAGGGCCAGCCCUGGCGCCUCACCCCAGGACAAGAGCGCCGCAAACGGAGGCGCCACCCCGGCCCUGCCCCCCAGACCCUCGCCGGAGGCCUGUAGCGCCGCCCAGACGGCGCCGACCCGGACAGGAAGCGAGGAGAGCCAGACUGGGAAAGCGGGAAGCAUCCGGCCCGACGUCCCGACCAAGCCGGCCGCGCUGAGCUCGCCGCGCAGAUCCAGCGCUCCAAAUAUUGCCCCCAAACCGACUGGAGUUUCAUCGACGCCUCCAGAAGAUUCUCACCAAGGCUCGGCCAAACCGCCAGGACCGGCCAGAACCCAGCCUUCAGCUCCGGCUCCAGCCUCCAGGAAAGGUCCUGUCGGUCCCACCAGAGCUGAAACCCCCCACGCAGAGAACCCCUCAGACCCCGGUGUCCCUGGACGCACAUCGAGUGUGAAGCUCCUUCCUCUCCGUCCUCCACCAAUCAAGUCCAACCCUGGGCGCCCGCCCCCUCCAGGGUCCAGCUCGGCCUCCUCAGCCAAUCAGAUCUCACCUUUGUCCAAAACAGUCGACGCCCCGCCCGUCACCCCGGCCUCGUCAUCUCCCUCACCUGCGACGGCCGAUCAGACGCAGACACAAAAAGCCCCGAAGCGAGGCCCCCCAUUGCCGCCCCGCCCCAAACCUGGACACCCGCUCUACAGCAGCUACGUGAAGCAGGAAGUGCUGAUAGUCCUGGACGACCCUAGCCCCGCCCCCUCAGAGCUCGCCCCAGUUGAAGAAAGCCCUCAGACCGCUGUCACCAACCCAUCAGAGUGCCUGCUGGACCUGGACACCCGACCGGAAGCCAUCAUUGAUCCGGACGGCCAGACGAAGGCGGCCUUGGAAGGCCUGUCGGACUCCCAGUCCAUCCUGCCUGUGCGGCCCGUUGAGCAGAAGGAACAGCCGGACCCUCCUCCUGUCAGCGGCCCCCGAUGCGUGGCGGCGUUCGACUACGAGGGGGAGGAGGAGGACGAGCUGACCUUCUCCCAGGGAGACGUCAUCGCUCUGCUGGAGCUGCUGGACGGCGACUGGGGGCGGGGCCGGAUCCACGGCAGGGAGGGAAUAUUCCCGCUCGGCUUCACGGAGGUGGUGGAGGCGCUCCCGCAGAGCCGGCCGGACCCGGCCAUGGAAAACACAGCUGCGCCCAAGUCCUCACCGGCCUCGGACUCCCAGUGCCAGGUCACUCCAGGAAGUGACGUGGCGCCGGCGGCGGCGGAGGAGGAGGAGGAGGAGGAAUGGGACGAGGCGCUGUUCGACUUCCCCGGUCAGACGGCGGAGGACCUGUCCUUCCAGAAGGGGGCGCUGAUCCGGGUGAUGGAGCACGUCGACGGCGAGUGGAGGAGGGGCAGAGUGGACGGGAAGGAGGGGCUUUACCCGGCGGCCUUCACCCAGCCCUCCCUGCGUCCGCCGCCGGCGGGUGGAGGAUCGGCCAGAGCCGUGUUCGACUUUACGGCUGAGAACCAAGACGAGCUGACUCUCAAGGUCGGCGAUAUCGUGACGCAGGUGGAGUCGGUGGACGAGCAGUGGAUCGUGGGAGUCGUGGCCGGGAAGCGAGGGAUCGUGCCUAAAAACUACAUUUCGCUCCUCUGAGGAGAGCAGCUCGGCGUGGGCUGAAGGAGAAAUGCUGGAUCCUCAUCGGGGGGCGGGGCUUUGACCCGGCGACGCCUCCAUCAGUCCAAACCGCUCAGACCCUUUCCAAUGACUGAUAACUGGAGGAACCUGAAAGACACGACAUGUGCUCGAUUUCCCUUCAUCUGCACUUUCCUCCUCUACUGAACUUUCUUUUUUUAAUUCUAUUGAAAUCUGUCUUUCGCAGAUCGGUUUCAGCCCUGAACCAAUGAAAACGGUCCAAACUAGCUCUGUAUUCACGAGUCAGAUCACUACGGCGGAGUUUUGUUGCUUGUUCUUUUAACCCUUCUGUUGUUUUUUUUGUUUUUUUAAGGAAUGAAACAACCUUCUUGUUAACCAUCAGAGUGCAAUUGAGUGAAGUGUUAUUUGUCUUUAUUUUACCAGAAAAUCUGCUGACUUUGGUCUAAAUUAAAGUUUGAAUCGUUUUCAUUUUCAGCUCGAAACAGAGGCGUCAAGACAGACAAAUCAAACCAGUUCUGCCUUAUUCUCAGUGGAUUCAAUGUUUUUUUUUUUCCACAACUUUUCACAAUGUUUCAAGAUAUUUUGAAGAUUUUUAGGAAUUCUCAUGGCCCGAGUCGGCCGCUGUAGAUUACUGAGUAAACGUGCCAGAGACCGCAAAGACUGAAAGGUGAGUUUAACUGAUUAAGAGACUGUUGAGGCAAAGCUUCUGGAGCGAACAUUUGAAGGAGGGAUGAACCACAGCUAUGUGUUCUAUUAGAGUGUGUGUGUGUGUGUUGAGCAUUAAAAUUGAGUGUUUCGUCAAGGAAGGAUCGAGUUUGUUCUGUCAGAACGCCACCAGAGACACGGCAUUGGGAUUUUCUGAGGGAUACUUUUGUCAGUACCAGCGAUGCUUGAAAUAUUUCACUGUGCCUUCAGAGCAGCUUCCAACACGUGGUGUUCCUCUGAACGGUACGCUGGACUGAGCUGUCUGGGCAUCACCGCUCAGUUGCUGUGCCUUACCCAACAAAGAGUAUGUGUUUGUCCUAGAACUUCUCGAUACCACAGUACCUGUUAUCGCUCAAUACUUCUGGAUUGGAUUACUCAACAAUACCUUUACGCCUCCCCACUCUACCUUUUACGUUUCUCUGCUCUACCUUGGCGUUUCCUCAGUCUAUCUUUGCAUUUCCUAACUCUACCUUUGCGUUUUUCCGCUUUACCUUUGCGUCUCCCCGCUCUACCUUUACAUUUCCUCGCUCUCCCUUUGUGUUUCCCCUUCUCUACCUUUGUUUCAUCUUGUCUUUUUCCAUUACCACUCUUCCUUUCAGUUAAUGGGCAGUACACCUGAGAGACCUAAGAAACUUUUAAAAUGCUCCACUUUUGACAUCAUUUUUGACCCCCUCAUAAAUAUGAUGCCACAACUUUCAAAAUAACUCAAAAGUAAUCGCCAUGAAAAUGUUGCUGUGACUUUUUUCACAUCUCUGAUAAUGGAAUUAGCAGCUGUUCAUGAAAUUAACUUACAUUUUGAAGAAAUUAAGCUUUUUGUUUUUAUUCUUCUUUUCCCUAAAAGUUAGAUUUGUUAUUGUUUUAACCACGUCCGUUCCGGAGUGGUCACAGUAAUUCCGGCAGUCCAGCCAAGAGAACCUCGCCAUCUGUUCAUUUCCUCAAAUCUGUGAUGUUAAUUGAACUGUAGUUUGCUUUUCUUUAAGGUGAUGAAGUCUAGAUGCAGUAUUAUAGCUCAUCUAUUCCAGGUCGUCUGCUUAUUUCAACGUUCUAUUAAGACACAUGAGAAGAUGGAAAUCUUGAUCAUAAGUGAAAAGUUAUUUGAGUAUCUGACAAACAUCGAUCAGCAUUCAGUGGUCUUUUAUUCCUACAUUUUUUGCACUUUAUAAUGUGUCUGGUUGUGCUGUCAUUUCAGGCGUCAGCAGGCGGCGCCACGACCGAUUCAGACUGUGACGCGUUGAGUGAAAAAAAAAAAAAAAAACACUUUGAACCCAUCCGACUGGUCUUUGUUCACUUUCAAGUCAGUA